AACGCUUCACCAUACGUAGCUGAAGAAAGAUGGCCGCGACCUUGUUGAAGGCGUGUUGAUGAAAUGGAGAUGAUUUUCUGAUGUUAUAGUUUAAUCCUGUAACAUUACAGUCGAUCAUGUUUGCGGUGUUUAGAUGCGUGUUUUCAGGGCUGUCGAGCAGGACGUUAGAAGCUCCAGCUAUAAUGCAGCAGCAUCACAUUAAAGUGCUUUGUGCUGGGUUGAAGACUUAUGAUGUUCCUCCAGACUUCACUGAUUUGGUUUUACCAGAAAAGCCCAAACUCAAAUUCCUCAAUAAGGUCCCUAAUUUAAAAAAGGCCAAGAAGGAGAUGAAGAAGCUGCGUGACAUCCAGGGUCCAGCGAAUUCUGCUAACACGUUCAGAUGGGGACAGUAUGGCAUUCUGGCCAUGGGUGGAGGCUAUCUGCACUGGGGCCAUAUGGAGAUGAUGAGGCUGACUAUAAAUCGGCGUAUGGACUCGCGCACUACCUUUGCCCGUUGGCGGAUUAGCGCUCCUUACAAGCCCAUUACACGUAAAGGCCUGGGUCAGCGCAUGGGAGGAGGCAAAGGUGCCAUUGAUCACUAUGUUACACCGGUAAAGAGCGGUCGGUUGAUAGUAGAGGUCGGAGGUCAUCUUGAACUCGGGGAAGUGGAUUCUGUGCUUAAAGAAGUGGCAAAGAAGCUGCCCUUCCCAGCCAAGGUGGUGAGCAGAGAGAGUCUGGCUGCCAUGCAGAAAGAGCAAGCUGAGAGAGAGGCUAAUAACCAGAACCCGUGGACCUUCGAGAGAAUAGUGAGGUCUAACAUGCUCGGCAUCCGCAAAGUCAUCAGCCCGUUUGACCUCCACAAUCAAGGCCGCUACACCGGAAAGUUCUUCAAUCCGGAAAGAGUCUGAGCUCAAAUGAAGCAUGAUGGGCUGGAAAACAUCAGCUGAACUCAGAAAUGUGUGAAAAACCUUGUGUGAGAUUUAUCUGCACACUGCAUCCUGUGUUAGAUUAUGAUCACACUCGGGUGAAAAGACUCGUAUAUCGUAUCACGAUGCGGUUGCUGAAGGAUCAGAAGAAUACGAAUGUUGUAGGCCAACCAUUGUGGCACAAAGUGUUUCACAAUGUUUUAUAUAUUAAAGCAUACUUACACCGAGCCUCGGUUAUGAAUCUUUUAGUAAAGUUUGUGUACAUAUUUGUUUAAACCGACCUGAAACAGUGAAGGAUGAAGCAGAAAGUCAGACCAGAAGUCAUUUCGACUCACUUUUAUGCCAAUAAAAUACUUAGCAGUGGUUACA